GCUCCCGCCGUAAAUCAUGGUGAGAUUUACAUUCAUAAAAACUUCUCCGAUCUUUCUCUUCAUUUCAGAGCCAUCACUUCUUCGUCCACUUUUCAAAAUCCGGCGAAAACCCAGUAACAAUCAUGUUGAUGAAACCAAAACCCAGUUCUAAAUUUUCAAUCUUGUUCACCUUCCUCAUACUUCUCAGUUUCUUAAUCGUCGUGGUCCGUUCUUCUGAUGUCUCCGUCGAAGGUAAAGAAUCCGGAUCCGAGGAAGAAUUAGACGAUCUGGAGCAGCUCUUAGCGGUGGAUGAACAAUUGCAGGAAGAGAGACCAGAGCAACAGUCUGAAGCGGAGACGGUGAGCAAGGCGCAGAGGAUCGUGGUGGAACUCAAUGGAGACAACACGAAGCGGUUGAUUGAUGGGAAUGAGUAUGUGAUGGUUUUAGGUUACGCGCCGUGGUGUGCGAGGAGUGCUGAGUUAAUGCCGAGAUUUGCGGAGGCGGCGACGGAUUUGAAGGAGAUUGGUAGUUCGGUUUUGAUGGCUAAGAUUGACGGCGAGAGGUAUUCGAAAGUGGCGUCGCAGCUUGGGAUUAAAGGUUUCCCAACGCUUCUUCUGUUUGUUAAUGGCACAUCUCAGUCUUACACUGGUGGAUUUUCCUCAGAGGAGAUAGUGAUUUGGGUACAAAAGAAGACUGGUGUGCCUACUAUUAAACUUGAUACAGUUGAUAAAGCUUCAGGAUUUCUGAAGAAGCAUCAUACUUAUAUUGUUGGUCUAUUCGAAAAGUCUGAGGCUUCUUCUGGAUAUGAUGAAUUUGUAAAAGCUGCGUCGUUAGACAAUGAAAUCCAGUUUGUAGAAACAAGCAGCAGUGAUGUUGCUAAGCUUCUCUUCCCUAACCUUAAAACCAACAAUGUGUUUGUUGGCUUGGUUAAAACUGAGGCUGAAAAGUACACUGCAUACGAUGGAUCUCUCCAAGCCGAAAAGAUAUUGGAAUUUCUGAACAGUAAUAAAUUCCCAUUGGUUACAAAAUUGACUGAAUCCAACACCGUUCGUGUUUAUGCCAGUCCAGUCAAGCUUCAGGUUAUGGUCUUUUCAAAGAGUGAUGACUUUGGAAGUCUUGCUCAGCCUCUAGAAGAUAUUGCAAGAAAGUUCAUAUCAAAGCUUAUGCUGAUAUAUAUUGACAUAUCAAAUGAAAACCUCGCAAUGCCAUUCUUGACAUUAUUCGGGAUAGAAGAUGCAAAGAAAACUGUUGUUGCUGCGUUCGACAACAACCUGAACUCCAAGUUUUUGCUUGAGUCGGAUCCAUCUCCUAGCAAUAUAGAAGAAUUUUGUUUCGGACUUGCGCAUGGAACUGUUUCACCUUACUAUAAGUCACAGCCAAUUCCAGAUAAUCAAAAUGCAAGCGUAGUGGCUGUGGUCGGCAGGACUUUUGAUGAAGUGGUCUUGAAGAGCAGCGAGAAUGUUCUUCUUGAGGUGCACACACCAUGGUGUAUUAACUGUGAGGCUCUGAGUAAACAGGUUGAAAAGUUGUCGAAACACUUUCAAGGGUUUGAGAAUCUUGUCUUUGCAAGGAUAGACGCUUCUGCAAAUGAGCAUCCUAAGCUAACGGUUGAUGAUUAUCCGACAAUCUUGCUUUACAAAGCCGGUGAAAAGGAGAAUCCGUUAAAGCUUUCGACGAAAUCCAGUGCAAAGGAAAUGGCUGUUUUAAUCAACAAAGAGUUGAAAUCGAAGGAUCCGUCUGCUAAAGAUGAGUUAUAGAAGCAUCUGGAAUCUGACGUAGGGAUCAAAUUUAUAGUUGUUUGUUGAAAAUUGUAAUGGAGCUUUUGAGGAAAGGACACAGAAAGACAUAGAAGAGGAAAGAUAGAAAACACUAUCUUACUUUAUAGUUAUAUUGCCGUAAGAAAUAUAUAUAGCAAAGUUGAGAAAUUUUGUUUU